GCCGGUGGUUUAAGGCGCUCAGGCUUUGGCCUUUGAUCCGCACCUGUAAUAAUCACCAAAAAUGAGUGGCUUAUCAGGGAUCCGAGCAUGAAUUUGAUCUUGAGGUCCACUAACUGCUGCUUGCUGCUGUCAUCGCCAUUUACAGGUAUCCAGUCACCAGAAAAAAUAUCCCUGUAAUCUGUCGCACGUCUAGAAUACCUUGCUGACCUUUCAACGCGACUCACAGUCGUCGAUCAACCUUUCUUGCCAUCCUCCCUGAUGCCGUCGUCGUGAGCUUCCAUCUCACUACCCUCUGCCAUCAAUGGCGAGCAAACUUUCCCUGCGCAUGAAGCCCGUGAGCUUCUCAGUUGCAUCACGCAGGCCGAUAUCCUCCUUUACCACGAGCACCUUCCGCAGGCCAAUUAAUGCUUCGGCGCUCAAUCCAUCACAGGUUCUUCCUCGACAAGUCCUUCAACAAACGUUUCGUCGGACCUAUGCCGACAAUGCUCCUAAAGCUCCCUCAGUGACCCUUUCUCCCGAACCAAGGCCCCGAAAGCGAUUCAGGUUCUUCCGCUGGGUAUGGCGGGUAACAUAUCUUACUACCUUUGGGGUUCUUGGCUUCACAGCAUAUUCUAUUUGGGAAGCGCGAAAUCCAGCCGAUCAGCUUGAGGUGGACCAAAGCAAGAAAACGCUGGUUAUAUUGGGUACUGGUUGGGGAUCUGUCUCACUGCUCAAGAAUCUCGACACUGAAAACUACAAUGUUAUCGUUAUCUCGCCUCGAAACUACUUCCUCUUUACCCCCCUGCUUCCCUCCUGCACCACCGGUACCAUUGAACAUCGCUCUAUCAUGGAACCCAUCCGGAACAUCCUUCGACACAAGAAGAGGGCAGUGAGGUUCUACGAAGCAGAAGCGACGAAGAUCGAUUAUGAGAAGAAGAUUAUCUACGCCAAAGACGAUUCCGACGUCAAGGGUGAUACUAUGGAGACUGAAGUCCCUUUUGAUAUGCUGGUCGUGGGUGUCGGCGCGGAGAACGCUACAUUUGGCAUUCCUGGUGUUCGCGAACACGCUUGCUUCUUGAAAGAGGUCGGCGAUGCUCAGAAGAUUCGGAAACAGAUCAUGGACUGCGUCGAGACUGCUACAUUCAAGGAUCAGUCUCAGGACGAGAUCAAGCGUCUGCUGCAUAUGGUCGUCGUUGGUGGUGGUCCCACUGGCGUCGAAUUUGCUGGUGAAUUGCAAGACUUCUUCCAGGAGGAUUUGCUGAAGUGGGUGCCUCAGAUCAAGGAUGACUUCCACGUCACUCUUGUGGAAGCUCUUCCCAAUGUGCUCCCCAUGUUCAGUAAGCAACUGAUCGACUAUACUGAGUCGUCCUUCAAGGAAGAGCAUAUUGAGAUCCGCACAAAGACCAUGGUCAAGAACGUCACCGACAAAUUCAUCGAGGCAGAAAUCAGCAAGCCUGACGGAACCAAGGCAAUCGAGAAAAUCCCAUACGGUCUGCUUGUCUGGGCCACUGGUAACGCUCUCCGGCCCGUUGUCAAAGACCUCAUGUCGCAGAUUUCGGCGCAGAAGAAUGCCCGUCGUGGUCUUGAAGUCAAUGAGUACCUCGUGGUCAACGGCACCGAGAAUAUCUGGGCUGUGGGUGACUGCGCCGUCGCCAACUACGCGCCUACAGCACAAGUCGCCGCACAAGAAGGCGCUUUUCUCGCGCGAUUGUUCAACACCAUGGCCAAGACCGACGCCAUUGAGACAGAGAUGCGGGAGCUUUCGGCCAAGCAAUCUUCCGCCAAAGCAGAAGAGCGGACGGCUAUCCUCAACGAGAUUACCGAGCGCCAAAAACAGCUUCGCCGUGUCAAGCAGAUUGGUCCCUUCCAGUACUCUCAUCAGGGCUCGUUGGCUUACAUUGGAGCUGAGAAGGCCGUGGCCGAUGUCUCUUGGUUCAGUGGCAAUAUCGCCUCGGGCGGUACGAUGACUUAUCUUUUCUGGAAGAGCGCGUACUUGAGCAUGUGCUUCAGCACUCGUAACCGUGUUCUUGUCGCCUUUGACUGGCUCAAGGCCAAGUUCUUUGGACGUGACGUGUCGCGCGAGUAGUUGAGCAGUUGCGCGGAAGGAUUCUACGAGAAGCCAUGGACGCCGCUUGAAGGUUAAUUUGUCCUCUGUCUCGAGCGCUGUGAGUCUGGCCGGUACAGGGAAUUUGGGUUGGCUGGGUAGGGCAAGGCCAGGCACGGGACGGAUUUUGUAUUAAUUUGUAGUCACGACCGAUCAGGUUGCGGACCAGCUUGAAUGAUAGAAUAGCCGCCUGGUUGGUCUGUGGAUCAAAAGCUGGCUCUUGUAAAUGUCUUCAAUAGUCGCGCACACUUGGCUUAAAAU